AAAAAAAAAAAUAGCCGAUAAGAAUAAAGAAUAGUGGUCCUAAUUUUAAGGAUGACCAUUGUAGAAACAUUCUUGAUUAGUUUCUAAUCUCGAUUAUAAGAUAAAACUAAUCCUGAUUAUCAUUUUUAGUUGUAAUCAUCCACAAAAGCUUCUAACAUUAUGGAAAAAUAGGGAUAAAAGAAAUGGAUAGAAAUACAAUAUAAUACCAGAUAUACUCGGGUAACUAAGAUACUUCACCAAACAGUCAGUUAACGUACCACCUAUUAUUAGUAUAAAUAGAUGGCAGAUGUUAAAGCUACUUACUCAUUCAAGCAGUAAGCAGUAAGCAGUAAUCAGUCUUUUCUUUUUCAUUUUUUUUAAAAAAAAAAAAAAAAAAAAAAAAAAAACAGUGAUCAUUCUUUUCUCAAUGAAGUUCUCUGUAUCUCCAAUUUUCUUUCUCUUCUCUCUGCUUUUACUUACUAGGGUAAUAUCAUCUAAUGGCUUAAGCCAUGCACAUCCAAAACAUGCUGUGACACCACCAAGGGGAUGGAAUUCGUAUGACUCCUUUUGUUGGACAAUAUCUGAAGAAGAAUUUCUAAAAAAUGCAGAACUUGUCGCUAAACGGCUUCGUGCUCAUGGAUAUGAGUAUGUCGUGGUUGAUUACCUCUGGUAUAGAAGAAAGGUACCUGGAGCUAAUACAGAUUCUUCAGGAUUCGAUAUCAUCGAUGAAUGGGGAAGAUUGGUUCCUGACCCUGAUAGGUGGCCUUCAUCCAAGGGUGGGAAAGGAUUCACCGAAGUGGCCAAAAAAGUGCAUAAAAUGGGGUUGAAAUUCGGAAUUCAUGUUAUGAGCGGAAUAAGUACACAGGCAGUAGAUGCUAACACACCUAUCUUAGACACCAGUAAGGGAGCUGCUUAUAUUGAGAAUGGAAGAAAAUGGACUGCAAGUGAUAUAGGGAUGAAAGAAAAGAAAUGUGCGUGGAUGUCACAUGGGUUUAUGAGUGUCAAUACAAAUUUUGGAGCAGGAAAAGCAUUUUUACGAUCUCUUUAUGAACAAUAUGCUAAAUGGGGAGUUGAUUUUGUGAAGAAUGAUUGCAUUUUCGGGGAUGAUUUGGAUAUAAAAGAAAUUAGCUAUGUAUCAGAGGUUCUUAGGAAAUUUUCACGCCCAAUUCUAUAUUCUAUAUCCCCUGGUACGAGUGUCACACCUGCUAUGGCCAAGGAAAUUAGUGGAUUAGUAAAUAUGUACAGAAUAACCGGGGAUGAUUGGGACACAUGGGGAGAUGUGGCUGCACACUUUGAUGUAACAAGAGAUUUUGCAGCUGCGAAGAUGAUAGGAUCCAGUGGCCUGUUGGGGUUAUCAUGGCCUGACUCAGAUAUGCUGCCACUGGGGUGGCUCACUGAUCCAGGCUCUAAUGAAGGCCCACACAGGAACUGCAAGCUAAAUUUCAAUGAGCAGAAAACUCAGAUAACUUUGUGGGCUAUGGCCAAGUCUCCGCUUAUGUUUGGAGGAGAUAUGAGAAAACUUGAUGACACCACGUAUAAUCUCAUCAAUAAUCCUACCAUUCUGGAAAUCAAUGCUUUUAGUUCAAAUAACCAGGAGUUUCCUUUCAUUACGAGCUCUGAUUCUACCAUAAGUGACCCCUCAUCUCAUUCAGCACAUAAGGAAAACAUUCAAAGUUCUCACACAAGUUCUUUGGCUCUUGUGAGUUGCAAGGAACCCAAAGCAAAAGGCUGGUUAGUUGAAUCUUUUGACCACGGUCUUGACCAAGUUUGCUGGAAAGAUAAUUCUGAAAUCAAUGAAACGCCCUUCUGCGUAUACAAGGGAAAAGCUCAAGCUACAUCAGACAAAGAGCUCUAUGGAACACAGUUUGAUGGAAAAUCUCAUCUAUUAGAAACUUCCGAAGCAGAACUCUGUAUUGAGGCUUCUUCUAGACAAAGACUUACUUCACAAGAGUUCAAGAGGGGCUCUUCAUCUCCAUGCAAAAGGGAUGCCAAUCAGAUGUGGGAAUUAAAUAUGAAUGGCACCCUUGCGAACAGUUAUUCUGGUUUAUGUGCAACUAUAAAGACAGUUAAAGCUAAUGCUAUCCCUGGAGGAAUUCGCUCUUGGGUUGCCACUGGAAGAAAAGGAGAAGUGUAUCUCGCCUUCUUCAAUCUGAACGAAGGGAAGACAAAAAUAACAACGCACCUGUCAGAUCUAGCAAAGGUGCUCCCUGGUGUAAAAUUCAAAGAUGAAUCCAAAUGCGGAAAAGUUUGGAGCAGGAAAGACUGUCAUAUAAGAAAAGGGUCAAUUUCCAUGGAUGUAGAAGCACAUGGAGCAGCAUUACUUGUUCUGGCAAACAACAGUGAAUUAACCAAAGUAAUUAGCAUUGGUUAAAGAGUUAAGAUCAAUGGCUAAGUUGAAAACCUGAGAAGAAGGUUUGUGGGGAGAAAUAGAGAGCACCUCUUAAUCUUCUUACUCCGGGAGAUGGAUCGAAAUUAUGGGUGUUACAAGGCAAUAAAGGUUUUCGUGCGUUCAUAAUCUUAUUUUGCAUCCAGCCCAAAGGGCAGACAUGAACUCUUUUACACAAUAUUUAUGAUGAUUCUUUUAUUGUCCUGUUGCCUACAUAUCUGGUGGUUUUGUGGCUGUAUGUAUUAUACGUGUGCCGAACAGUACAGAGGGAAAAAUAGCACCAGACUAAGAAAAUAAAUGGGGUAUAUAGAAAACACUUUCGCUUGGCCUCAAUAUGAAACUAAUGAAAUUUUUGA